AUGUCGCUCAAAGACCGUGCUUCUGGGCUAUACCAUAAUCUAGUGCUCCCGAACUUGGGGGUGCUGCUUCUUCUAGUGUCCCAUUUCUUCAACUCCAUCAUGAUUGUCACUUGCAAGUUGUUGGAGACCGAUCCCACCACCAAAGACCAUCCGAUCCACCCUUUGCAGAUCUUGUUUAUUCGAAUGUUCAUCACGUACAUUCUUUGCUUGGUGUAUAUGUUGGCCACGAAGUCUGUGGACCAGGCGCCGUUUGGGCCUAGAGAUCAAAGAGUGCUUUUGGUGCUUCGAGGCAUCUUGGGCUUCUUUGGCGUAUUUGGCUUGUACUUUUCUUUGCAGUACUUGAGUCUCUCUGACGCUGUGUCCAUCACCUUCCUUAUCCCUAUUGUGACGCCGUUCUUUGCCUGGAUCUUCUUGAACGAACGUUAUUCCGUGCUAGAGGCUGUCUGUGCUUUACUCUCUUUGGGAGGUGUGAUUUUGGUCGCUAAGCCCGAGUUUAUCUUUGGCGCUAAGACUCUGUCUGAAACAGACUCCACUGAGUCCUCUUCUACCGAGCUUAGACUCUUGGGUACCGGCGUGGGCCUUAUCGGUGUCUGUGGCGCUGCUACCGUGUACAUCGUGCUUAGAAAGAUAGGCAAGCUGGCCCAUCCGCUCAUUUCCGUGAGUUAUUUCGCCUUGACCACAUGUAUUGUCACAUUCGUCAGUAUCGCUGUUCUACCCUCGGUCUCGUUUGCUUUCCCAAACAGCGGGUACCAGUGGUUCCUCUUUGGCUUGAUCGGUGUAUCGGGCUUCUUGAUGCAAUUCUGCUUGACGGCUGGCUUGCAGAGGGAGAAAGCAGGCAAAUCCUCCCUCAUGAUCUACUCCACCAUGGUGUAUGCUUUAAUCUGGGACCUCACCAUCUUUGGCCAUGUUCCAGGCCUCUUGAGUAUAUUGGGCACAGGCCUUAUUAUACUUAACGCCACCAUCGUGAUCAAGUACAAGCCAACCAGUCCUUCCGACGACCAAGAUGGUCCUGACGAUUUGGAGGCGGUCAAGUACCUGAACCCCAGCGAAAUUGUUUUAGACGACUUCAUAGUCACCGACGACGAGUCCAGCUCGUAG